GCAAUGUUGUCGCCCUACGGCGGCCCUAUGUAUUACUCGUAUGCAUUUUAUCAGUUGGGAUGUACGUUGAGCCACGACGUGGUUGUGCGUGAAGCGGGUUUGCUAUUUUCGGCCAGAAAACAACUGGUCUCUAAGAUGGAUAGCUAUUUGGGCUUAGCACAAAGCAAGGUGAAGCCACGUAGCGUGGUGGACGCAUUUUCGAACCGAACGGCAACGAUAAAAAAGAGACCACCACGCCCGGUCGGUACACCCUCGAGACCCGUAUCGAGCACCUCGAUCGUGAUAGACACUGCCACCCAGUUUCGUUAUCUACAGGAAGAACAUCGUUUGCUGCUGGAAAAGUACAAAAAGCUCGAGGCCAGCUACUUGUCGCUGGAGGGCGAGUACGCGAAAGUGAAAUCCGAAAAGGAAAGCAUACAGAUUGCGUACGAAGAGCUGCAGGAAAGCUACAACAACGUGACGGCGAAGAACUUUAACGCAGGCAAGCUGCUGGUGUACUUAAAGCUGAAACGCCGCACCGACAAAGAAACGCUGGAGAAGCGCAACAUAAUCAAGAAUGAAGCUUGCUUCAACACCUACCUGCAGGAUGUCGUUAUGCUGGACCAUCCGCGAAUACCGCGGGUCAUACACGAAUGCAUCACGGUGCUGGAAUCGAACGAUAAGUUUAUGAAAAGUCCCGGUCUGUACCGCGUGUCGGGCGACCAUAAUGCGAUACAGAACCUGCGAUACGACAUCAAUGCGAACAACUACAAACGAUUGCACAAGCAAAAAAGUCCCCACGAAGUUUGUGGCAUCCUGAAGCUGUUCCUGCGCGAACUGAAGGAUCCUUUGAUAUCGCUGGAGCAAUGUGCAAAAUAUAUACCGGAUGUGAUACAAAUGAAAAUAAACACGCGAUCUAAAGUUGUGCAGUUGAUCAACAGCUUGGAUACUGUUAGACAGAAUACGCUCAAAGUGCUCAUGAAACACCUCCGGAAUGUCGCAGCCAUCGAGGAGAACGAGGUGGACGCUUUCAGUUUGGGUCUGCUGUUUAGCUCACUCAUCUUCAACGAAACACUGGCGGACGUGUGUCCGGUAAAGUUUCAAAAAUUGACUAUGUUCUACUGGAUAGCCGUGUUGGCUGUGAUUGUCGCCGUACUGGCAGUGUUCGAUUGGAAGUUGAAAGCGUACGAAAGUCUACCGGGUCCCAAACGGUGGCCCUUCAUCGGUAACGUAGUUUCGUUUCUCGGUGCUGGCCCCGUAGAAAUAUUUGAUCAGCUUAUCGCGUUCGCGGCUACCUACGGGAAGGUGUACAAGUUGGACUUUUUCUACGACUACACCAUCGUCUAUUCCUUGCCCGAAGCAGCCGAGGCCAUUCUAAACUCACCCACGUUUGCCGCCAAAUCGCAAGACUACGACAAGGUUUCGGAAUGGAUCGGGAAUGGAUUGCUGAUCUCCCGGGGACAGAAAUGGUUCACCCACCGGAAGGUCAUCACGCCCGGGUUUCAUUUCAAAAUAUUAGAAAACUUUGUACCCGUGUUUAACCGGCAGGCCGAGGCAUUCUGUGCCAAGAUGGAAAGCUUGACGGAGCGAUCCACGGCCGGUACGGCUAUUAACAUCUUUCCCGAGCUAAAAUUGCUUACCCUUGGCAUCAUCUGUGAGACGGCGAUGGGUGUUGGGAUGGAUGGGGGCGGGAAGCAGGAUGACACCCAGCAAGCCUACUACACACAGAUCGUGGAAGAGCUGAGUUCCAUCCUGUACUGGCGGAUGUUCAAUGUGUUCGUGAAUAUUGAUGCGCUGUUCCGGUUAACCCGCACCAGCAAGCGUUUCGAUGAGCUGGUGAAAAAAUCGUGGAACUUUACGCUGAAUAUGAUCGAUAAAAGGCGUAAGAUACAUCAGCAGGAGGAGGAGGAACAGAAGCUACACGCAACGGUAGAGAGGGAUGAGGAAGAGACUUUUGGUAAACGGAAGCGGGCACUGCUGGACACAUUGCUGGAGGCACGUAUCGAUGGCAAACCUCUGACGGACGAAGAGAUUCGCGAGGAGGUGGAUACGUUUACGUUCGCGGGACACGACACAACUGCCUCGGCCAUGACAUUCAUACUAUACAACGUAGCAAAACAUCCAGCCGUACAGGAAAGGAUUUAUCAAGAGAUAGUGGACGAAAUUGGGGCCGACUUUGGAGAACUAACGCUAAGCUCACUAAACAAUCUACACUACAUGGAGCUGGCCAUCAAGGAGUCGCUACGGCUAUUUCCACCCGUUCCCGUGAUAGCGCGCAUAGCAACCGGCAAUACGCAGCUACUUUCGGAACCGAUAUCACGCGGGACGAGUGUAGCGAUUGACAUCUUUACGAUGCACCACAACGAGGACUAUUUCCCCCACGCAGAACGGUUCGAUCCGGAAAGGUUUGAAAGUACGCGCGAUAAGCAGUCGUUCAAUCCUUACACGUACAUUCCGUUCAGUGCUGGCAGCCGGAAUUGUAUCGGGCAAAAGUUUGCUCAGUACGAGCUGAAAACUACGCUCGUGAAGCUGCUGCAGCGAUUCCAGAUACGGCUGGCCGAUGCGAACUUUGUGCCGACAUUAAAGGCAGAAAUUGUGUUGAAGCCGGCGGAAGGACUGCCGUUAAAGUUUAUCAGAAGAGAGAUUUAAAGCUCAGGAGGUUUUCAGGGUUGUUACAGCUGGUUUAUUUGCUUAAAAGUGCCGUACCAAAAAAAAGUAAGAUGCUGUGGUAAUAAUACUUUAAAGAAACUUCAUUAAUUAUUUAAGAGUAAGUGUAACAGAGAUUCCCAUACCACCCGUGUCUAGUAAGAAAAGUUUCGUUUAUCGUUUAAACGCUCAGGCUUUUCCGGUCCAAAAAUCGGAGAGGCAUCCCGUUGACGGGCUUCAGCACCAGCUCCAUCUUCAUUUUGAGCACAAAAUCUGGAUCCGGUAGCACCACCUUGCAUUGGCGCAAUAUUUUCACCAGAGCCGUCUUAAGCUCGUUUAAAGCGAACUUUUGUCCUAAAAAAAUAGCGCGGGAAUGUAGAUCAGACGUGCAGGAAGGGAGGAACGCCCACUUACCAAUACAGUUUCGACUGCCAGCACUGAACGGAAUGUAAACGAACGGGUUCCGUUUCGCGUCGCCAGCAUCCUCAAACCGCUCGGGGCGAAAUUCGUCCGGGUUGGGGAAGUAUUCCGGGUUGUGAUGCAUCAUGUACGCUCCGAACACGAUCGUUGCCCCUUUCUCCAGCCGGACACCACCCACCGUAGUAUCGCGGUCAAUGUGUCGCGAAUAGUACGGCACCGGGGGAAACAUUCGCAGUGACUCUUUGAUCACCAGCUCGAGAUACUUCAGAUUGUUGAUGCGCUGCUGAGUGACCGGUUCCUCGGGCGGUAUUUCGGUGCAUAUCUCUUCGUACACGCGCUGCUGCACAUCGGGAUGUUUGGCGCAAGCGUACAGGAUGAAUGUGAUCGCGCUGGAAGUUGUAUCGUGACCCUAAAGCAAACCGAUGGAAUAGUUAUUAGUGAUGCCGGAUGUUGUAUCGAUGCGCCAGGAAAUACCGCAAACAUGAAAUUGUUCACUUGA